AGGCAUUUACAAAUGCUUUAUAAUAUUUUAUAAUUUCUAUAGUUUUUUUGUUUUGCUUUGCCUCCAAUUCGGUGCCUUGCUUAACAAGGUGGACCGCUGACAACAGCACAUACAAUCAAUCAUUCAAUCGAUACGUCGGCUCAUUUUUGCGACUGAUUUUCACGCUUGUGCACAAAGGGGGUUUUUAGCGGGGUCUGCUGUAACUUUAUUGCUGUGGCCAAAUGACACCCCGAAUCCGAUCAAGUAACGCGAUUACGAAAGACAGUAUGCCCGUUUGCGAACUUUUGAACACUUCUCGGUUUUUCGUUGGAAGGGUUUAUUGCCAAACAAAAGACAAAUUUGCACUUUUCUCUUAUACUUAGACCAGGGGUUUCCAAACUACGGCCCGUGGGCCGCAUGGCCUCCCGAGAGAUCCCGAGAUUGGACAUCAGCUGUGGGCUAUUCCACUCAAAGCGGCCCGCCAUCUAAAAAGUUUGGAGGCCCCUGAUGUAGACCAAUAUUUAACACUUGUUGUUUUCCAUAACUUAGCACUCAGUAAUAUAAUAACCAUAUUAAUGUCUUCCACCCCGAUACCAGAUGUCAUUUGGACCACGAAAACCAACCGUACCGUCAAGGUCAACCCGACCUGGUAUGGUGAAAAAGCCGCUCAUUAAACCAGUAACCCGAAAUGAGCAAGCUCCCAAACAACAGCAAGUUGUUGUUAAACCGAAAGGUUCAACCAUGGUGACGACGAGUGCACCCAAAAAAGUCGUUCCUGUUGCCCCGAAAGUCAGCAUUCCCAAGGCAACAACACCCGAACCGGUCUAUGAUUACGAGUCAGAUUUUGAAUCCGACGAAAGUCAGCCCAGCGCAGGAUGUCCCAGCUCGGAAAGUAGUGCGGAACACACCGAAUCUAACAAUUCUUCAUCGGAAGGUGGUGACGAUGAGGAUGAAGAUGAAGGCGAGGAAAAAAUCGUCCCAAAUGCUCCAACGGAAGUCGGAACAUUCGCUUCAGUACAAUCUCAGCUUGAGGUAAAGACACAACAUAAUAAUGCGUCCAAAACAGCGAGAAGCGUUGAUAUUUUAAGUAAAAUAUCGCUCAAUGACAUUACGGUACCGCUGUACCAAUUUGAUCCGGAAGAGUAUGCCGAAUUGAGAACUAAUUUCGGAAUUACCAGUACUGUUGCGUAUGGGAAGCACACUCAAACGGACUGUAGCUUAGUGUCCACGGCUUCCCAAACUUAUGGAAUCUCUGUACGCGAACGAUCGACGGGUAUGGACGAAGGCUUUCGAAGUGCUCGUAAGAUCGAACAGGAAGAUGACUGGAAUGAUCAAGCGAACGAUGAUGAAGCAGAUGAGGCUAUUCAGAGCUACAGUAGUUUACAGAACAUAGAACGAAUGUUCUCCACACUAAAUGGAGCGUUGGAACGACGCUUUUCACAUAUGGCUACUACUUCCAGCAGCAGAUUAUUGCCAUCAAAUAUUAGUGUAAUGCACGACAAACGAAACCAUAUUCAUCAGCGUAGCAUUUUGCAGCUUUUGCGCAGAGCUGCACCUGUUAUGGAAGCAUUACUCGAAUCGAAACGUUUUCGAUUGCAAAAAGCUAAUGGCAAUGAGCAGGAGCAACGUGAAACCCCAAUAAGGGAACAUCGAGGCGAGACCGAUAAAUCUUCUGCCGACGUAGUACGUUCAUUCGAUGGCGGAAAAAUGUGUCCCGAAUUCGAGAUUAAAUUAGUACAAUCGUCCGUAAAGAGUGAUAAUUUUGUGCUGGAAUUUUGGGCACGUCGAACCUACUCCAGGCCAAUGUAUCGCUUCUCCUCGUGGUCUCCAGUUGUCUGCGUUGAUUACGAAUACCGAAAGCAUAUGAUGGUGUUUGGAGGAACCAGUGAUGGAACCAUCCAGAUGUGGCUGGGAGAUGCAGGUCGGAGUCACCUUGAAGUGUUGUCACCUCAUCAAAUUUUAGCCCCAAAUUUACACCAAAAGCACAAACUCCACUGCUGGGAAAUGGUAGCUAUAAAAGUGCUUCCCGUCCCAGUAAUUCGAGACAGCAGUGUGGAGAUCGGGAAUGAAAAUGCAUUUAAUCAGGUGUUUGCGUUAUUCUCCACCGGAGUCAUCAUUGUGUGGAACGUGCAACCAGAAAAACAGGAGAACUUUGGCAUGGAGAAUGUGCUCAGUGCGAAGAUAGGGCCACCGGAAGUUUCAUUGGUGCAAUCGAAAGUGAUUGAUUUGAGUAACCGCAUCGGUGGACGUUUGCCGUACGAUUCGUUGCGUACCUUUGAGAAUCUUCUAUUGCACGAUCACCAUCAGAUGGUACUAUCCAGCAAUCAAACAGUGAUCCGGUUGAGUCACUUCGUGCGGUCAGAGUUCGAUCCUGUUUUAUUGGUUAAACCGGACGCUUCUCAUUCUAUAACAAACCUCAAACGUAUGAUCCAAGCCAACGAUACGCUGUUUGUGCUGUAUUCAAAUAAGACCGUUCGCGUGCUAAAACUUUGCACCGAACCGGGCGGAAGAGAAUCGGCCCAACAUCGCCAUAGAAAGCAAGAUGAUCAUCCUCACCUAAUGUUAAGCGUAUGCACCAACAAAUCCUGCACAAUUCAAAGUAUUGUGCAUGAUGAAGCUAAACGGUACGGCAAUUCCAAUGGCGCUGGAGAAGGACGUGCUGACGGUGGUACUAUUGCACUGAAAAUAACCGAGCCAGAGAAGGGAGAUGGCGAUGUGAAUGGAAAACCGCGCUUUCAUCAUGGUCAACAGAUCUUGUUUUUUGAUCCACAACAUCCAGACGGUAUACUCAAGGAAGCGCAGUUGGGUGAUAGCACUAGUGUGUCGUACCGUGAGAGACACUUGGUUUAAUUGAUGCUUUAAACAAUUAUUGAGUAAGUAUUUAUUGUUAACCCUUUUAGAUAAUUUAAGACUUCUAGCAAACGUAAGUUUGUUCAAUAAACUUUCGUGGUAAUUGUGGUUUCAUUUACGUGGAACAGUUUUCCCGGAUAAACUACAAAUUUCCCGUGAUGGUGAUUAAAAUUAUAGUGAAAUGCGUCGCAGAAGAAAAGCCCGUGAGAAAAGAUUACAGUAAUACCGAUUCAUACACAUUUCAUUGUUAAAAUUACUGAUCGAACGUUGGUUCAAAAGUCUAAGCAGUAGUUUCUAUAUUGGACUCUGUGAAAUACUGCAACAGCGCUGCGGAUUCUGUUUUUAUCCUUUUUGCAACGUUGGUUUACUGUUUGUUUAUGUUUAUUUGAGUUUUAAAAAUGACAGCUGACGCUAGGCACGGUGGGAGGGUGAACAUAUGUUUUUUUAUAUUUUUUUUCUGUGAUGUUUUUACAUAAAAAAUGAAGUGUAAUCAUUAUUAUCAGCAGGAUUUAAGACAUUAUGUUAUGAAAAUUCACGUUGCAAAUGCAAUUACUGAUAUCUUUUUACAAGCUUCAGCAUGUUGUAU